AUGGAUUUCCAAAAGAAUAAAUUAGGUACACUACAAAAGAAAAGCCCUCAAGUUGAAGCAUUCGUAAGUUUCAUUGAUAAAAAUUGCUCUUUAGUUAUUAUAGCUGAACCAAUAUUUAUCCCAAAGCAAAGCUAUUAGAUUGAUAAAGUAUUUUAUUUAGCAAAUAUUAUUCAUGAAAAGUUAAACUUUGUAAUAUACUACAAAGAAAAAGAUGAUUUGUCCUAUUAUGAUGAACCAAAAGUCGGUUUGUUUAUUAACAAAUUUUAAGAACAAGCAGAAAUGCGUAUAGAUAAUUUUUGCAAAUAAUUUUAAUCUUAAGAGGGAUUCUAUUUAAAGUCGACUAUUGCUAAUUUUGAAAAAAUUUAUGAUACUCUUAGUCGAGCAACUUUAGUUAUCCAAAACUUUCAGAAAAUUUUAGAGAAAAAUUAUGAUAAUGAAGAAGCUUAUGUUUCCAUUUAUGAUGAGACUAUUGAUUGGAUUAAAAAUUUAGCCAUAUGA